AUAUCGAUCAUUUGCGGUUCAAUUAUUCAUUUCUUUCAACAUAAACGGCCAUGGCUUAAUGAACUAGAAUGAGACAAAUAUCACUGAAAGCCACUUAGGGAAUAUGAAUAAUUAAACACAGAAUAUUAACACAGCGUGGCGGGCUGCUCAGUAUUGUAUUAGAAUGAACAAAAACUUUAAGCCAGUUGCAAUUAGUUUGCAAUUAGUUUAAUUGAUUUUGCUUCGUCAGCUGAACUUUGAAUAUUUCUCAGUGCGUUUUGUAUACACUGAAAGUGCAUUUCAUUAAUCAGCUGCAACAUCCAAUAUACGUUUUAGUGCCUGUAAAUUUAGAGUGUGUGGAUACAAUGGGAAAUUCUAAGUCUACGGUGAGAAAGUUAAGCCCUAAGACAUUAUCGGAACUUCAGAAAAAUGUGGAUGUUGAUAUUAGUAAGGAGGAGAUUGAAGAAUGGUUUCGCGAGUACCAGAGCAACCUGGGUAAAGGGAUGAGUAAGCUGACCAUGAAGGAGUUCCGGGAAGUAUACAACAGUGUUUUUGACGGAGAUGCUGAUGUGUUUGUGUCACAUUUAUUUCGAUCCUUCGAUGAAGAUAACGAUGGUUUUGUUGACUUUAAAGAAUUCAUUGUUGGUCUGUGCGUCUCGGGAAGUGAUAAGCCAGAAACAAAACUUAAAUGGGCGUUUAAAAUGUACGAUCUUGACGGAAAUGGCUCUAUAUCCCGAGAGGAAAUGUCCAGCAUGCUUAAGGCUAUAUACCGAAUGAUAACAACCGAUUUAUCAACCACAAAAGACGACUUGGUUCUUAUUGGAGAGUUAGUUAACACAUUCUUUAAAUCCGCCGACCGUAACAAUGACAACGUGAUUAGUGAAGCAGAAUUUGUUGAAGGAGUAAAAGAAAUGCCUGUGAUCCUACAUUUACUACAAUGUGACCCAGAUACUGAUGAUAUCAACGAAGUGGAAACCAUUGAUAAGUUUGAUUCUUUGCAAGUAUCUGAGAAACAAUUGUCCUCAAACAAAGGUGAAAGAAAAAAGCCAUCGUCAGGCGCGGGAAGCGACAGAAGUUCGGCAUAUAAAAGUCAGUGAUAGAGAAAUCUUAACACUUUCUCUGAAAAAAAAAAGCUUUAAAAGAUUUAAAAAAUGACACUUUUAUGAACGCUGUUCAAUGUUGUUCUUGAUUUGACAUUCAUGCUUGGAGAUGACAUGUGUUCUGUGAUACAGCUUUAUUAGCCCUUACCAUGUUAAAAUCCAAAAAGUGAUUAAGCCUUUGCCAGCAGUAUAGAGCCAGGCCAGUUUGCAAGAUAGUCUGGCUAGGCGUUAUACUUUUGGCUUACUAAAUUUUAAUUCCAACCUUGAUACCCCCAAAAAAUUUAUAAUGGAUAGUUCCAAAAUGGACGCUGGACAAUUCUAUGCAAAGAUAUGCAACAGAAUAGAUCUUGUAACUACUGCGACAAUCCCUCUUUAGUGAAAAUUCAAUCAAUAGCAAGAAUUAAAACGGUGCUAUACUUUCAAUCUUAUAAUGCUUACACGUGAUCAUGAACAACUAAAAGGAAGUUAGAAGCAUAAUAUCAAUAUUGGGUUGAAAUGAAAAUAAAGUAUUUUUCGUGUGAAAGCCAAGAAUAAAUUUUCAUUCAAUAUUUGUAAUUGAAACCUUGUAGAAUGUAUAAGAAUGAAACCUUUG